AAGUCCACUCUCAUCGUCUUCGUCUUCAUCUUCUACUUGUGUUCAAAUUUAAAAUCAAGAUUGGGAAUUUGGGAAUGAAAGGGUACGACGAGAUGGAGGACAAUCGUGUCAUGCGGAACCAGAAGGCGGGGGUCUUUGAUAUCAUUAAACAAGCUUCAACAAUCUUUUCCAAAAAUUUCAUCAUCUUCAUCUUUCUGACUUUCCUCCCCCUCUUCUUCUUCAUGGCUUACUAUGAAAUUUCCCUUCAAAGAACUCUGGUCGACGCCUCAAAUAUUCUAAAGCUUCGUUCUGGUCCUUACUCUUACUCUGAUCGGUCGAUACUUCCUGCUAUACCCGUGAAAUCAACAAAAGAUUUUCAUCAUGAAUUGGUUCGACUGGGUUUGCUUUAUCUGGUGCCCCGUCAUCUCCUUGAGCUUUGUGCCAUAAUUGCGACCGUUGAUUUGGCAUCAAAGAUACAUGUAGAAGAGAGAGUAACGACGACUCUCAAGGAGAUGAUGCAUAGACCCAUUUACGGAGCAAGGAUGAGAGGCACUUUUAUCACAUCCUUGUACGUUCUCUCCUUUUCAACUUGUGCCCUUUCCGGAUUGAUAUUCUUAGUAACAAGCUACUUUGCUUUUUGGAGACGAUCAAUGUUCUUAGGGUUUUUUCUAGUGUUUUAUGGGCCGAUUUUUGUGGCAAUGCUGGCGAAAUACUUGGAGUGGAGUGGUGUGUGGAACAUGAGCAUUGUCAUUUCAGUGUUGGAGGGGACCUACGGGACUGAAGCCUUGUUGCAUUCUGCUUAUUUUAGCAGAGGUAGUGAGCGGCGUGGGCAGCUUUUGAUGCUUGUUUUCUUUGUUUGGGGACAGGGUUUAAGAAUGUCGUCCCUCUACUUUGGAUGGUAUGAAGGAGGGAGCUGGGGAAUUGCUGCACAAGUUGGGUUGUGGUGCUUGGGGAAUGUGCUCAAAUGGGUGGUCUUCAUGCUAUAUUUCUACGAUUGCAAGACGCGGACUUUAGAGAAGAAAGUUGAUGUGGAACUUGGAAGAGUUACCAAAGCUGUUGAUGUCCGCAAAGACACAGAGACAGAGUAGUUGAAACUACGAUUCCAGUCUUUGCUGUCAUUUAUUUGUCUUGCCUAUGUGAUUGUCGUUAAGAAACUCAUUAGCUUUUAUCAUUUAUGGUACGUUGUUGCAUCUCUUUGUUGGGAAAAUGAAUGAAAUGGCUUACUUUUUGGUGUA